GAAAUUUGUUUUGCAGUAAUAUCCGUAGAAUUCAAAGUCUGAAAAAAAAAAAAAGAAAUGAUAAUAAUUCUCUCAUCCCGAUCAAAACCACAAGAAAAAGGAGGAGAUGCAGAUGUGUGUUUUGGAAACAAUUAAUCAAUGGACAUUUCCAAUAACCCCAUCGCUCAUUUUGCUCGCAACUUCUUAAUUUUCUUAGCACUUCUUCUCCUUUUAUAUUCCCUUUGCCUCUCCACUGAGAAAUUUGCCUCCACUAAAUCUCCUAUCAAUUCCAGUCACAAAUUUCAGGAUAGCAACAGUAUAAGGAGAAUAGAAGAUAGUUUGGCUAGAGCUCGGGCAAGCAUUUAUAAAGCAGCAAGAAGGAGAAGGCAUGAACGCCAUGUUUCGGAGCAAAACGGAACGUUCAUCCCGACGGGAACCGUUUACAUAAAUCCUCAUGCAUUUUUCCAGAGCUACAUUGAAAUGGAGAAAAGGUUCAAAAUAUGGGUGUACAAGGAAGGAGAACCCCCACUAUUUCACUCUUCACCAAUGAUAUUCCUCUACUCAAUUGAAGGCCAGUUCAUAGAUGAACUUGAAAACAACAAUGGCUCAUCAUUCCUAGCAAAAUCUCCUGAUGAAGCCGCCGCAUUCUUCCUCCCAAUCGGAAUCACUCACAUCAGACAGUAUACUUAUGCAUCCCUCCGUGAAUAUGGCCUAACUCAGUUUCACAACGUGGUGAAGGACUACAUUCAUGUGUUAUCAAAGAGGUAUGAUUACUGGAAUAGAAGCAAUGGCGCAGAUCAUUUCUUUGUCGGUUGUCAUGAUUGGGCACCCUUUGUCCUACCAACAUCCAACCAUUUGUCCAAUAAUCUGAUCAGGGUUCUUUGCAAUGCAAACAUUUCUGAAGGAUUUAAACCAAAUAAAGAUGUGUCAUUGCCAGAAAUCAGUGUCCCUCCAUCAGGGCUUCGGGUCCCUGUCCCCGGCCGGCCCCCGAAUCAACGUUCGAUACUUGCUUUCUUUGCUGGUGGAGCUCAUGGUUAUAUAAGGAGAAGGCUAUUUGAAUACUGGAAGGACAAAGAUGCCGAAAUCGAAGUUCAUAAGUACUUGCCCCAUGGAAGAAGUUACAGAGGAAUGAUGGAAAAUGCAAAAUUUUGCUUAUGUCCUAGUGGGUAUGAAGUUGCAAGUCCGAGGAUAAUCGAAUCAAUAUCAACAGGAUGUGUUCCUGUAAUACUAUCAGCUGGUUAUGUUUUGCCAUUUAGUGAUGUUCUUGAUUGGAAGCAAUUCUCAGUGCAUGUUCCGGUUUCCAGGAUUCCAGAAAUUAAGACGGUCUUGAAAGGGAUUUCCAUGGAGGAGUACUUGAAAUUGCAGAAGAAUGUUUUGUCGGUACAAAGGCAUUUUGUUCUUCAUAGACCUGCUCAGCCGUUUGAUUUGUUUCACAUGGUUCUUCACUCAAUCUGGCUCAGGAGGCUUAAUGUGAGGUUAUCAACAUAACAGAGUUUUGGCUUACAGUUAAAUUGGUUAUUUGUAAUCACUAAUGAACACUAGAUAUUCAGACUGGAAAUUUGCUUUGCAUAUAGAGUAAUUAAUCAUAUUACAGCAGAGUGAGGUUUUGCACUGUUCCAAAAGAGAUUGAUUGGGACUUGAAGUUGACCCAGUUCGAGCUUGAUAGAAAAUCGAGCUGACCACAGCAAGUCUACUAGAAAUCCACAAGGAUGGGUUACGCCAC